GCUUCUACCAGUUCAAAACUCUGCGUUUUGUUGAAGAAGAAAAAAGAAGAAGAGAAGCAACAGAGAACAACGACAAAGAACAAACACAGAUCGGCGAAACCACAGCGAUUGCCAUAGUUUACAUGAUUGAUUUUGAAGGGAAUUGAGGAGAACAAGUGAAGAAGAAGAAGAAGAAGAGGAGAGAGAGAGAGAGUAGUUGGGGUGUAAAAGAUGCUUCAGAUUCGGCUUAGCAAGGCUCCGGCUGCAGAAGGUGUUGGAGGGGCGAAGCCCUUGCCGGUGGAUAGUGUGACGGUGGCGUGCCCUGACCACCUUGUCCUUGCUGAACUCCCUGUGGCAAAGGGCAUUGGUGCAGCCACUUCUGCUUCCCUUGUCAAGACUGUUGGUCGCAGGUCCCGCCGCCCGCUUGGUGAGCGAGUCCACUUCUGCGUUCGUUGUGAUUUCCCGGUCGCUAUCUAUGGACGCCUGAGCCCUUGUGAGCAUGCCUUCUGUCUUGAUUGUGCUAGGAGUGAUUCAAUUUGCUACCUUUGUGAUGAACGUAUACAGAAGAUUCAGACAAUUAAAAUGAUGGAAGGGAUCUUCAUCUGUGCAGCACCUCAUUGUCUAAAGUCUUUUCUGAAGAGGUCUGAAUUUGAAUCUCACAUCAAUGAGAGCCAUGCUGACCUUCUUCAACCCAAUGCUGAGAAAGAAGAUGGAAAUGAAUCAGAGUCUCAGAGUGUUAAACAAUCUGGAGCUUCUGAAUCCACAGCCCGGGCUCCCCCAAGGCCGGUCUUUUCUCCUGGUUCAAAUUCCCAGAUUCAUGAUCGUGAAGACAAAACCCGUCGACAGCAACCUAGAGAACCACCACCUUCAAGGCCAAAUGUACAGCCAAAGCAACCACAAAGUUUUGGACAAGUGCAAAAUCAUCCAUCAGAGCUCCAACCAGAUAACAACCGACCGCAAGGCUUUGACAGGCUGGGUCCUCAAAACCGAUUCCAUCAACAGGGUUUUGACACCCAAGGUGGCCCACAACAAGAGUCUGGUCAGUUUCCAGACAAGCAGCAGGGAAUCCUAUCUGAGAACCAGUUUCCUGAAUACCCACCUAUGCAUUCCAUUCAGACACCUAAUUAUGCUGUGCCAGUCAAUGCAAAUCCAAUGCUAAAUCCCCCUCCACCUUUUGGUUACCCUCCUUUCCAGACUGAGGGAGGUCAACCAUUUUAUGGUGCUCCCUAUGAGAUGACAAGGCAAGAUUCAGCUUCAGAAGUAGGAGCGGAACAGGGGUCAUUGUUGGGUUUCCCACCAGUUCAAGUGGGUGGUGUGAAUUUCUCAGGAAACUAUGCUCAACCCUGGAAUGGAGGCUUUGUUGGUGCACCUUUUGAGCAUCCACACGGUGGUCAUGGAAUGCUAGAUGGCUUUGCUAAUGCAUCAGAUUCUCAUGGGAAAGCUGCAUUCCAUCAAGGUGACUAUGGACGCAAUUCUGGAGGUUUGCUUUUAAAUCCUCCACCUUUGGCUAACAAGGGCAUGGAACAAGCGCAGAGUGGCAAUGCGAUGGAUCCAAGGGAUGGCAAGGGCAUUUUGGCACCACAGCCUAUGACACUCCCACCGCCACCACCACCCCCACCUCACUCGUCCCAGCUUAAAAGAAAGUUCUAUUCUGAAUCAAGCCAUGACGGACAGGGCUAUGGCUGGCAGCAUGAGAACCGUGACAGUUUUGGGAGUAGCCAGGACUAGCAAAUCUGCCAUUUUAACUUUUAUAAUUUUUCCUUGUGAACUCAUUGCAUCAAUCAAAUUAGUUCGUUGUGCCUAUUUUUUAAUUAGUUCCAUGAGAGCAUUUAUUUCAUCCUUUGCCGGUCCAGUUUUGUAUAUAUAUUUUGAUUUGGUGCCAAAUCGGGGAAAUUUAUUCAUCAAAA